GCCACAUUCAUUCAGUUACGCACCGCCGCGCAGUAAACAUCGCUCUUUUCGGGUCAUCCGCAAAACCAGUCAGUGCACCGCUCACAGUUUGUGCGAAGGAAUCGCCGCACAUACGGAUUUUGUGUUGCCAAAAAAAAAAAAAAACAAACAAAAACAACAAAACAGAAUUAAAACGUGCACCGUGCACAACCUUCUUCUGGGUCAGACUGGUGUUGUCGUGCGAACGGUAUUCGCGAGUGUUCGCGGCAACAUAAAUACGUUUGAAAAGAAAAAAAAAACCCCACCGCGUGAUUCACCAGCAGACUUUAUGGCCUCAUAUAUACCCAGUGGACAGGGGACUUUUCGCACAUCAUAACGUGUAUUUCGGGCGAGUUUUUAACGUCGACCGUUAGUGUGCAUGACGGCGAAAUAGUAACCGAGAGCAGCAGUAGUAGUAUCGAGAGCAGCAGUAGUUGAACUGCUGUCAAAAUCAAACCUCCGUUGCCAACGGUUACCGGGGUUUUCCGCUGGCAGGGGUGUUUUUUGUUGCUGCGCGCGAAAAUUACAGCACAGUUUUAGCACACAACGGGCAGGUACGACGUUUCCGUGAGAAGGAAUUUCCACCUUUCGAUUGCCUUCCGAAGCCACACAAAAACAUCCCCCCUCCGAGCACAUUAGUAGCCGCCUAGUAGGAGAGUGUGAAAUUGUGCGAAAUAUUUUAGCAUCGCAUCGGUGACCGACACAACUGUCAUCAAUCGUGUACGUGCCGUUUUGUUGUUGUUUAUCCACUUCCCCGAGAGAGAGAGAGAGAGAGAGAGAAAGUAGAAGAGAGAAAUUUCGCAACCCCCAAAAAAUUUGACAGGUUGUUGUUACGGGGGCACCCCCAGAGAAACAAACAACUUGAACAAAAGGCAACAAACGAAAAUCGCGCAUUAUUCGGGAUUUUAAUUGUGCAUCACUCGGACACUCUUGCCUUAGUAGGUCCCUGUAGUAAGCGUAUUAGUGCGUCGCGUCGAGUACGUGGUACGAGCAAACGGCGGAUUGCGUUUUACCAAUUGUCUCCGGAGUGAGUGUAAGAAGAAAUCAAGCACAUCAAAGCCAGCAGCAGCAGCAGCAGCAGUGACAGGACAAAGCGUGCCCGUGUAUGUGCGUGUCGUCGAAGGAAGCGUCAAGUGCAUCUCUCUGUCCUUUGGCCGAGGGAGGGAAAGAAAAAUAAAUAAAGCGAAGCGAACAAGUGUGCAACGGUUCGAGCAUUUCGCGAGUGCGCGCCGAAUUGUGCUGCCAGGAAUGUUCGAAUAGAGCGAGCACGGAGGUUACACAGGGAGAGCGCUAUCGAAAGGGCGCGUUGCGUGCUGGGGUGUUCUAGGUGCACGGAAACCGUUCCAAAGGGGUUGGAGAAAUUUUUAGGGGUAACAAGAAAUACAAUUUCUCCCAAAAACGGUCCCCCAACAACAUCCGUCCCUUUUUGGGCGCGCGCGUUCCUUUCUCGUCCUGUCGGUUCCACGAGCAGUGGAAUAGUAACAAAACAGAGCAAGAGAGAGCAAGAGAGAGAGAGAGAGAGAGAGAGAGAGCGGAUCCAGUGCUCGAGAACAGGUAGCAGACAAGUAGUAGCACGACGUACGACGUUGGGCCCAACAAAACGCCAACGCCACAGCGCCCACAAAGCGUUGCAAGAAGGAAGUGGCUGUGGGUGGCCAACAAAAAAAAAAAACGGGUGGCCCCGAGAGUGCGUUUUUGUGUGCGAGUGCUUUCCCCCAUUGUAACGAAAGUGCUGGUGUGUGAUAUAUGUGUGUGGGCCAGGCCCGUUUACUUUAGUGUUGUAAGUAAGGUUUCCCACUGGUGGUCUCCUGGGUAGGUUGUGGCUGCCAGCAACCGGACCAACCCUGGACGUGCGCGCCUGCUGAGGUGUGCUGAGAGCCGUUUCUUCGUUACGUCCAAUUUGCUGCAGCGGAAUCUAGCAGCAAAACCCAGCAAAACUUGCUGGUACUCUGUGCGUGUGAGUGCGGGUGCGUGUGUUUAAGUUUGUGGUUGGUGUGUUGUUGGCGAACGGUGCCCACCGCGACCCCAAAACGGCCCUCAUCAUGAAUAAGCUCGACUACGAUGUAGAUUGCUUAGAAAUAAGUGACGACCUGAUAAGCAUGGCAGAGGACAAUACUCUUGGUGAUUUUUCACAUAUCGACGAUGACCUACAGUUUACAGUUAAAAACGAUGGAAUGCUCGCACUAAGAUUAAUACAAGUGGCAGACAGUUUAGAUUCACCUAAUUUUAUCACAGGAUCUCCAGCUAGUCCAUACCCAACGCUAACAAACUCCAGCAACGAUCCCAGUCAAUGCUCCUUUCUAGUGUUUAAGAAAAACAACGACAAUGUGAAACAGUCCCGAUCCGCCAACAGUGUCCGGGGGGUGCAACGGAACUCGGAGUGCAAUGGAGACACAAACCUAAAUCGAAAGCAACAGCGCGACGAUCGGCGAAGGGCAAACCACAACGAAAUCGAAAGACGGCGGAGGGACAAAAUCAACAACUGGAUACACGAGCUGAACAAAAUUAUUCCCGCCGAACAUAUGAACAGCCCAUCGUCCGAGACGCAGAACAAGCAGAACAAUGGUGGUCAGGGCGAAAACCUAUCGAAGGGCGGCAUCCUGGCGAAAGCGUGCGAGUACAUUACGCGGUUGAAAGACACCAGCGACAAGCUGACCGAGUGCCUUGCCGAGAAGGAUCAGAUACUGCUGGAGAACCUACAGCUGAAGGAAAGCAUCAACCAGCUGCUGGCGGAAAACAAACGGCUCCAGACGCAGCUACAGUUUGCGCUCGAAACGAACGUAAAGCUCGAGUCGUAGCCAUUAGUGUGCGGUAACAAGCAGCAGGAUUCGGUAGAACCGAUACAGCCGCAGGCGGAACUGCUGCCACAUCAACCUCAUCAUCUGCACGUUCAUCAUCAACACCACCACCAGCAGCAACAGCAUCAUCAUCAUCAUCAUCAUGGCAGCCAGCAGAAAAGUGCACCACAACAGUCUGUUGUAACGUAUUGAGAACCGUAUCAAAAGCAUGAGAGAGCCUGCUCGACCGUAACCGAAAUCAAUAACUUGUAAGUAUUCUUAACGUCAGGAAGAUAGGAAGAUCACACACAAACACACACCGAACAAAUCAAAUCGUUGAAUGAUUCACUUUAGUCCCUAACGGGGGGAAUGGAUUGUUUUGUUACAAUAUUAAUGUACAUUAAACCGUUGUUAAGCACGGUGCACGGAGAAGGCUGGGAAUGAUCUACAGGCGGGACGUUAGUUCCGGUUGGAAGAGUGAGAAGAAAUAAGCGAUAUAGUUGUAGGCCCGUAUUACUGAUUUUUUAAGUGUCACCAAGCGUGACACAACACAUCCGAGCGGCCGUGCAGACGGUUGUUAUACAUGGUAGUGGCCGUAGGGCAGGACCCUACAGUUGUGGCUGUGGAAAACAAAACGUGUAGCGCAGAUAUGGUUGAAGAACUAAAGCAAAAAAAGAAACACACACAGAGACCCGUACAUAAAUUGCACAGCGUUUUAGUUCUGAAGUUUAAUUGUCGAUUUUAUUUCCCGAUGAGCGAAUCUUUAUUCGUCGCUUGUCACCUAUCAUACCGUAGGGUGUAAUUCAUAUCUAAGUCAGCAAACUAAGUAGACGGUAGACAAAAAAACCCGCUCAGCUUUGCCUCAGCUGGCCGGGAUCGUUUGUUUGUUAGUAAGAAAUCCGCUAGAUUGUUGAGGUUCACUUCAGUUUCCAGGUUAUGUGGGAUGUGUUGUGGAAUGCGUAGUAGUACUAGCGAAAUGUUGUUGUAUGUUCCUCAGCAUCGUUGUUGUAGUUGUUACGUUACGUUACGUUACGAAAUAGCUGUGUUCAGUUAUUUGCGGGUACGGGUGAAUCGGGAAGACGCCCAAUGGGCAACUCUCGUGUGGACAAUACUAAAAGGUUGGGAAGUCUCAAACAUUUGUUGAAGCUGAUGUAUUCAUCUCUAUUGGGGUGGGUGAGUAACACAAAAAAAGACACAUUCUACCGACCAUCUUGGUGAUACGAUCUGGCUUUUUUUCCGGGGGCCCAGACAUUGCGAGACAUUCUUGUUGUGCUCUUCAAAACGUUGCUGAUAGGUGAACGAGACGCAUCGUGUGUUCAAUUGUUGGACCAGCAUGGCGAUAGUAGUGGAUAGAUCAGCCGAAAUAAGCCCAUUGUUAAAGACGUCUAAUCUAAUUCUCGGCGAUCCCUCUCGUUUUCGAAUGGCAGCUCGUCAUUUUGUGACUGGUACCAGCGUUCCAUUCCUACCGUCCGCGCUCUGAGAUGCUCUGAUCAAACCGGCAUGGACGUGGCCUCGAAAGCGGCGAGGUUGUUGGAAGACCGACGAGGCCCGGGCUUUUUAUCAACGACCGACGGGGGCUUAUAUCAACUUUAUCAAACUGAUCAAUUGGAUCCUAAGUUACCAGUAUUUAAGCCCAUCAGCAUCAGCAUGCGAGGGAUAGUCCGGUAUUUAAGCUACCCAAUACACUUCAAUCGAUUGGCUGUUCGUUUGAUUUAUUUGUUUAUGGCCCCUCACACACAAAGACUGGACGGAAACAGUGACGGUUCGGAGUUAUCAUACGGCCGAGGGGAAGGGGUUUGGCGACUCACGAUCAAUUAUUUUGCGUUUGCCUUUGGGGAAACCGAGGGCGUCCUGCUGAGCCCUGACGGCAGUUGCCGAUGGGCCAUCGCAUGCAUACUUCGGGUGCGUGUGAGAUAAUGUUCAUUCAUAUGACUGCCCUGUGACGUAGGAGUGUAGACUGCGUUGAGUGGUGCUGUGUGUUAUUUUUUUUUGUUGCUUUUUUAGAUAGGACGCCACAACGAGGGUGCGUUGUACGAUCUCCAUACCCUCGCCGCUUUGGUGCGUCCCAUAAUCUUGACGUUGACAAUUAUGGCGCCAGCACAUUCGGACUCGCUUAUCACUCAUUAUUUUUCCUGCCGCCUCCACUCAUCCACUCCACAUACCCACCUCUCCACAGAAAGAGGGAGUACCUUUUUCGCGUUCGACACCCUCCUAGUUCGGGUGAGUUGCUCCGGUUGACGAAAAGGGUUGACAAAUUGGCCAUGCAUGGAUUGAUGAUCGUUAUAAGAUGGGGGAGACGGGGCACCACACUCACAAAUACAGCACCCUAUAAAUGUGUGUGUGUGUGUUAUCUGGCGAAGGAAGGAAGGAAAAGAAUUCCUCCCAUUAUCUCGAAGCCCCCGGGGCCACUAUGAGAUAGAAAACCGAUGUCGCCAUCAUGCCUCACUUUGGGCUGAUGUGGUGGCCGGGGUUUUUUUUAAAUUCUCCAAUGCAAAGUGGAACGUAGUUAAACGUGUUGGAGGCUUAUAACAACAGGUUGAUGUAAUGGAAGGUUUCAACAUCUAAGCGAAUCGGAACUGGGGGAGAUUCCUAUUUCCUCCCCACCGUUCUCCCACCUCCAUGGAAGCGCCAUUUGCAUCGCGAAAGAUCAUAAUGUAUCGGAAUGUCUGGAACUGUGGAAACCACCACAUCUAGAUGUGGGGGAAGUAAAAAAAUACGUACACAUUCUACUCUGAAGCGGAAUCGAAAUGUCAGUCUGGAAUGUUACAGGCAAAAUGUUUACCCUUUAGCUAAUUGCGCUUCGAUUCGACGAAUCCGCGAGUCGCCCACCCUCACUGGUGCAUCUUUUCUAACGCCCAGUGAUCGAACGCUUCGACAACGUGAUCGCGAUGUUGGCGAAGAUCGCGCCCGCCCGCUCUCCCUUCACUAUGACGGCACGGUUUGGCGUCGGUUUGAUGGGUAUCGCUUAAGGCUUCGCCGUGGAUUGAUUGGGCGAUAAACAACACACAAAAAACAACACAAAUCGACGACGUCAUCGAUUUAUCGAUAUCAUGUUCACUAAUUGUUAUUUCUUGUUAAAUACGUGUUUCAUCGAGCAUGACAUUAUUCCCAACCUAGGGUGGUUUACGGCCACAGAGUGUGUGUGUGUGUGUGUGUGUGAAGUGGGAUAAUUUAAUGACGAUUUGUUUGGAGAAACACGCGACACACGAGACAUGCACGUUCCGGUUGUUUUUGCUGUGCGUUUUUGUUUUUGGUUUUUGCAAAAAAAACGGAACGAUAUGACGCUCAGAUCUCAUUGAACGUUUUUCACCCAAUGCCCUUUGCCAGGGUCUGGGGGAGAGGUAUUCGUUCGUAAAAUGACAAUAAUCAAAACUCUGCUUUCCAGAGUUCCAGAUCGUUGCACGAUCAAUGAAACGAUCGUGUCCCGGGCGAUGGCGUCAUAUCGUUAGAGCUGUCGGAAGGCAAUAUUGUGACGAUGGAUCACUAAGUUACCAUCUGCUUCCGGAGCAAUAUUAUGGUGCGGACAAUACUGACGUCAGAGUACAAGGGAACCGUGAUGAAAGGAUGAAGACGUCACCGGUGACGAAAGUAGUAAGUGACGUUGGGAAAUAUCAAUGUACAUUACAUGGAACGAUUUUCUCGUAUUGGAAAGCAAUUAACCCACAACUGUAUUCGUUACACACAAAAAAAACAAAUAAGCUACGUAGCAAAGCGAUAUAAACACACGAUUGUUUGUUUUUUUCGUUGCUCCCGUUGUAUAUAAGAAGCCCUUGGAGUGUGUAAGAUUGGUCCGUUUGGCUUUUUUUUUGUGCGAGCGCAUGCCUGCACGCCAUUCACUAGGGUAAGAUUUAACUCGCCGCGAGUUAGACAUUGAAUUCCAUCGGCGUGUAAAAGUGAUUAAAAGAUGAGCGAAAAAUGUAGAACGACCCAGAGAGAUAGAUUGAUUAAUAGAACAGCGCAAGUACUUAUUAAAUGGCCACAGUACCGAAUCGCUGCCAUGUUUAAUUGGACUAAUCGGUGGCGGUUUGCUGGAGGAAGUAGAAGCAACAACAGCAAACAAAAAAUGGCGUCGUGUUCCUUUCGCGACAAGUACGCGAGCAGCAGCAGCAAAAAAGUGGCACACAUAUACAAAAAAACGGAAGCUGACGAAAAGAACGGGCCACUGUAUUAUCUCACACUUGUGUCACAUUGUUUUUUUUUUGUUGAUUUGUUGUACGAAGCAUUAGAACGUGAUAAAUGAAGAUGGUGGGAUAUGUGCCGGAUGCGCAGAGAUCUCGAGACGAUCGUCGAAUGGUGGUGUUGGCGCCCUAGAUUUCUUCCUCGCCGUGGCCAAACAAUCGAGCCCACAGUGCCGGGCUUGAUGGCAAAACUGUUUAAAAACGUACAUACACGGGACGAGCUUUUGCGGAAAGAUUUACAAUCCAUCAACUUAACAUUGCGCACAGAGAACAGAGAAGGGCCUCGGGAAGAAAGGGAUUGCAAACGUGGGGUGGGGGGGGG